AUGGAUAUUCAUGAUGUCAUGAUGGAUGAUGGGUGCUAUCUUGUGGGUUUUUGUGUAUGUAUCAAUGGUAAUAUUAAUGGUAAAGUUGUGAUUGUGAACUAUGUUGUAUUUGUGGGUGAAUUUAGGAUGGAAGUCUCAGAUCAUUCUCCACCGAUAUUUGUCGGCUAUUACAGCUGUGUGAGGAAGACGAUGCUGCCUCUGUUUUGCACUUCAUAUUUUUGCAGCCCUUGUGACAUUAGCUGCUUAAGUUCUCUCUCUCACUCUCAUGUUUAUAUACUUUUACUUUAUUAG